AUGUCGUCCCCGACGGUCAUCUCCUCUCCUGGAAAGGUCCUUCUCGCGGGAGGGUACCUUGUACUCGACCCUGCGUACUCCGGCGUCGUCGUCUCGACCAGCUCGCGCUUCUACACCACAAUCGAAACGCUCCCACAACCCCACCGCGUGGAAGGCCCGAUUCAGAUCCGCGUGAGAUCGCCCCAGUUCGUCAACGCGUCCUGGCUCUAUUUUGUCGACUUCGCUGGCCCAGACGGGGUCCGCGUCGAGCACAUCGCAGACAGUGUAAACGGCGCUUCCAGCCAGAACAAGUUCGUACAUCUAGCGCUCCAGCGCACCCUGACGCUCGCCGCGGAGCUGAAGAGCGUCGGAACGCUGCAAAACACGCUCUCGUACGGUCUCGACAUCACGAUCGUCGGCGACAACGAUUUCUACUCCCAGAGAGCUCAGCUCACGGCGCGCAACCUCCCUCCAACACUCCAGUCGCUCUCCAAACUGCCUCCCUUCAACAAGACAGGUGUACACAUCGCCGAUGUACACAAAACGGGCUUGGGCUCGUCUGCCGCCCUCAUCACCUCUCUCGUCUCCGGCCUUCUUCUUCACCUCAGCGUCAUCCCUGCCGACUCCUUUGCGACAGAGGGCGGCACCGCUUCCGCGAGCGAAGGCAGGAAACUCGCUCACAACCUUGCGCAGUAUGUGCACUGUCUGGCGCAAGGGAAGGUUGGCAGCGGUUUCGACGUCUCCGCGGCGGUGUUCGGCAGCCAGCUAUACACGCGGUUCGACCCCGCGGUCAUCGAGCCUCUUAUGAGCGAGAACCUCGCAAGUCAAGCACUUCAUCCUGUCAUUGCCCCCUCAAAUCCCGCAUGGAACUAUCGCGUCGAGCCCUUCAAGCUCCCUCCUCAGACGCGUCUGAUGCUCGCGGACGUCGACGCAGGCAGCGACACUCCUUCAUUAGUCGGCAAGGUCCUCAAAUGGCGGAAAGCCAACGCCGCGGAUGCGAAGACCCUAUGGGACACGAUUGACAGCCUCAACCAGGGCCUGAGCAGGGCGCUCCUAGGCCUCUCGGCCAUUGCAGAGAAGAAUCCGACCGCGUACCGCAAAGCGGUCAAAUACAUCUCGACGAUCCAGAGCGUCCAGUGGCUCGCGAACCCGAACAUCGCGGUCAACAGCGACCACAGCGACCUCAAAGAGGUCAUCGAGGGGUUCAUCGAGGCACACAACCUGUCCGAGGGCAUCCGCGCGAACAUGCGCGCGAUGGGCCAACACGCAGAUGUUCCCAUCGAGCCUCCUGAGCAAACUGCGCUUCUUGACGCCUGUAUCUCUGUCGCGGGAGUGGUCGGCGGCGGCGUCCCCGGAGCGGGCGGCUACGACGCGAUCUGGCUGCUGGUGUUGGACCCUGUAAACUGCCCGCCGGAGGAGCUGCCUUCGACCCGCGUCGAACGGGUGUGGAGUACCUACACGGGGCUCGAUGUCUCGCCGCUCCUUGCGAACGAGAGCAUCGCCAUGGGGGUGCGCGUGGAGGCACUCGACAGCGUCCCCGGACUCAGGGAUAUUGUACGCGAAUCAUGA